AUGUUAUCAAGCCAGAAUGCAAAUGACACCUUGGUAAGCAGCAUCGACAUCACGUCAGACUAUAACGUUCAAUUGGAUCAGCAGUUGCAUGAAGCACGCAUUUGUUUGAAUCGAUUGAGCCAUAAUCUUGCUCGAUUCAACGAUGGCUUGCAAACACUGGCAGCAGUAGGAGGCCACUUUGCUGGGCUGUCUCAUUUGUGGAAAUCGUUUCAUAUAUCAAUCAAGACAAACAUUAGCAAAGAAGUCAGAUGUGACAAAGAUGUCCAGCAUCCAGAUUUUAACCUUCUAGAGUUCGAAGAGAGCAUGCUAGAGAAAGAGCCAGAGGAAGACGAAAAACGAAAAGAUAAGCAGCAACAAUUCGUGCAUAAUACAAUGAAUGAAACUAUAGUCCUUGACAGCUUGUUCUUUGAUGGAGAUUAA